CCAUUUGAAAUAUUUGAACUUCCUUGUGACAACUUCCAAUGUACGUUAUCGUUUACACUGAACAAAUAUCGGAGGAUCUGGGCGAAGAAUCGUGGUUUGCGCGACUCAUGUACGCUGGGAUUCGAGCGUUAGCUCUUUUCUGGUCCGAUCGGAACAUUAAAGGUUGAAACUGUGCGAAUGGUGCGAGUAUUCGAAACGUGUUCGACAACGGAACGCGGUAAAGUUUUUGCAUGAGUUGAACGCUGCUUGUGGAUAAGGAGAGGCGAAGGGAAGGCCCGUGAAGCCUUGGAUUUUUUCUUGUGCUAGUCAUGGCCGGAAAUUUUGAUUCGGAGGACCGAGGGAGCUGGUAUUGGGGGCGAUUAAGCCGGCAGGACGCGGUUUCGCUGCUCCAAGGGCAGAGGCAUGGGGUGUUCCUGGUGCGGGACUCGAUCACUAUUCCCGGGGACUACGUGCUUUCUGUUUCCGAGAACUCCAAAGUCUCUCAUUACAUAAUAAACAGCAUCAGCAACAAUCGCCAGUCGGGACCGGGAAUCACUCCUCCACGGUUCCGCAUUGGAGAUCAGGAGUUUGAUGCCUUACCUGCCCUGUUGGAAUUCUAUAAGAUCCACUACUUGGAUACCACCACUCUUAUUGAGCCCAUCAGCAAAGCCAAGCACUCUUCCUUCGUCAGUGUCAAUGCAGGAACAGGAGGAGCUCCCCAGAGGCUGGAAGAAGAGUUUGUCCGUGCUCUGUUUGACUUCCCAGGCAACGAUGAUGAGGACCUUCCGUUUCGAAAGGGUGAUGUUCUUCGUGUACUGGAGAAGCCAGAGGAGCAAUGGUGGAACGCUAAGAAUUUGGAAGGCCGCAUCGGGAUGAUCCCUGUGCCGUACGUCGAGAAGUAUCGGCCAGCCUCGCCGACGUCAGGGGCCCCUGGAAGUGGGGGAUCUGGUGGAGGACCAGUUGGUCAUGGCAACUCGGAUGGCCACAGUUCUCAGUUGCCCCCUCUGCUUGGUGAGCCAGGCCAGUAUGCCCAACCCACAUCUUUACCCAAUCUACAGAAUGGUCCAGUCUUCGCCAGAGCCAUUCAGAAGAGAGUCCCCAAUGCCUAUGACAAGACUGCGCUUGCAUUAGAGGUUGGCGACAUGGUGAAGGUAACCAAGAUCAAUGUAAACGGGCAGUGGGAGGGUGAGUGCAAGGGAAAGCAUGGCCAUUUUCCCUUUACCCACGUCCGCUUGCUGGACCAGCACAAUCCAGAGGAGGAAUUGAGCUGAAAGCACAGACUAUCUUCCCUAGCAGCCCUUAAUGUACACACACUCCAGCUCCUCACAUCCUUUUCCAGUCCACCCUGUCAUUACCUUGUGCCAUUGUGUCAGUCAUGCCAACAUACACAAAUUCCCUCGUUAGAUUUAUGCAAUAAUUUAAGAUAUUUACGGAGUAAACACUAAAUUCUACACGCAACACCAUACACUACGGAGAAAGAGGGCGAUUUUAGUGUGUGGCUUCUUGUGAACAUAAAAAGAAAAGUGAAGAUGCCUGCUUGGACUUAUAACAUGAGCAGUUUGGUGUCUUAACAAGGGAUGCGUUCCUUUGCUUAUCCGAAUGCGGUAGCACACACUACUUCUAGUGUUUUAGAACACAACAGCUUUCAAGGGGAUUAACAAACCCUCUUCCACACUACAAAUCAUCCACCACUUAAAAGUAUAAAUGGUAAAUAGUCGAACAUGCUAAUAUUUACCAUUUCAUGUUUGAAUCGUUUGAAAGUGCAGUUAGAACACUCUUCUUGAUUGUUAGUCACUACUGGCUCGCUAUUGGUCAAAUGGGCUGACUGGGAACGUACACUCUUAAAGAGAGGUUGAACAAUUUAACAGAUGGAGCAGCCCAAGCCCUCACUGCAUUUAGUUUUUUAAUUUAUGCACAACAUUUCUAAUGUAUACAGGAUGGGCCAGUGACCACUUAGACAUACGGUCCCCAUGUAUCAUAUUCACUACCGCUAAAUAAUUAUCAGUUUUAUGACAUUACCUAUUAUCAGGAAACGCUACUUGCUCCUUUUACCAUUAUUGCUGUAAGUAUAACACUACAUGCAGAUUUGUUGAAUGUGUACCCAAAUGCUAGUAUCUGAUGUUGAGCUUCACGAAAAUGUCAACGGAAAUUUCUGUUUUAAUAAAAAGCCAACAUCCAUUCGAUUUUACAAGUGUGUUUCGGCCAAAACGCUGAAAUUGUAGUUGCUGUAGCAGCUCUCUGGUGUGCCCUGAAAACUAUUAUAAUAUUAGUUAGAUAUUUCAAGAACAGCCCAGUUGUUUAUUACGCGGUAUGGAUUUAUGAAAUGUCAAGUUAUCCUGCAAAGCCUAACCUGAUGCCUCAAAUUUUUCCUCGGAACUGAUUUUGCACAGACAGAUAGCCUUCAUUUACUGGUUUAAUGUAUCUGUAAUCUGGCUAUUGGUUUUUGUUUUUACACAUAAAUCUCCAAAUUCUUGUGUUCUCUGUCAAUGCAGAAAUAGUGUUUUUUUUCCUCCUGUUAAUGCCCAAAUACUUCUAUACAAAAACAGAUGUUUUCCUAAUUCGCUGCCUGCCUUAAUUGCAAAUGACCAAUUCAGCAAUGUCUUUAGUCUAGUUAGUUAAAAAUUAAAAAGAGGGAUGGGGUACAAUUUCUAUAACCUUGCAGAAACAUUUAUUUUUAACUGUUGUAACCUAUUUCCGUUAUUAUUGCUCAUAGUUAGGGAAUAACUUGAAUGUCGGGACAAAUUUAUAAAUUAUAACACUAACAGACAGGCGACCUGAACAACACUAUAAAUGUUAAUGUUUUUACCCUUUAUUUGUUGUUACUUUUCAAAAGUUGACUAACUUUGUUCAGUAACAAUGACAAUCAUCUGGAAACCCUUGUCGCUUAUGUUGUCACAUCUAAUUGUUAGAAAGCUAUGUUGUGUAUGUGUAGGUUAGCUUAUUGUUGUCAUGAUGUGACGGCAAGCCGGCCAUGUUAUGUAAUUGUCACCUAAGUCAUAAUUAUGAAGGACUUUGAUGUUUAUUAUCUGCCUUAUUAACUGUAUCUGAUAUGUUUCAAACAGAAAUGACCUUUUUCUAAUUUGAUCUCUUAAAUCACCCGCAAAGCAUAUUGUUGUCCUUUCCUCGCCUGUUCUUUGUCUUGUAAGGAUGAUUUCACCUCAACAUCGCUUUCAUCUAUGACUGGGUUGACUGAAUAACCACAAGUCAUGUCUGUACAUUUUAUUGUACCCAAAGUAUUAUGUUUAGAACCUAAAUAUCAACACAGCAAUUUUGUGAAAUUAAUCUUGUGUUUAUCCUUUAUCUGUCAGAACAGUGUUUAAGCCACACACACAAAAAAAUACGUUUUUGUUACAGUUUUAUUCCUGUACAUGAAAUAAAGUCGACCCCUAUAGUAAUGCUA